AUGUUGAUAGUUACUUCCACAUUUUUCUCCAAUACUUAUAUUUUGUACCAUGAUUUUCAAAUGAAGCUACAAGAAACUAGUUUAUCAUACAUUAUUCUCGUUUUGGUUCCAAUUUUAUCAGUUUCAUAUUUAUAUUUUUACAACAAUACAAAUUCAAGAUUGAAAUCAGCAAUCAACUUAAUUUUGAUCAAUUUAUUAAUUAUCUUGAACAAUACUUUUGAAUUGUUUUCCUUUAAAUAUUUGAUUUAUAUGAAUUUAAAUUUAAGUGAUAGAAGAAUGAUGUGGAAAUUUUGUCAGUUUGCAAUUUGCAGUGCUGUAACACAAGGAAUAUAUAUUGGUUUAGAAACCUAUUAUGAUGAUAAAGGUGAGUGGUUUUUCAGUAAAGACGCACCAAUUGAAGAGUUUUUAUUAUUAUCGAAUACUUUAAAAAAUACAUAUUUGAAAAUUUGGAAUAAUGGCUUGUACUAUGCGAAUAGGAAUUAA